GGAACGCCGUCCCGGAGGUGGCGCGCGUGACGCACUUCCGGCCUUUGUAGCCGGUCGCUGUGCGGGCUGUGGUUGUCAAGGACGGGGAGGCGGUGGGGCCUGGCGGGGUGGCCUCUCCUCCCGCGGAUGCUCGAUUUUAGGAUUUUCAGAAGAAAAGAUCAAAGGGAGUCAUCAAGGAUAGAUUCUUUUUCUGAAUAGUGAAGCCUAAAAUGGCCACAGCCUCAGUCCCUCAGACUCCAGAGAUGCAGGAAGGACGUCUGGCAGUAAAGGUAGAAGAGGAAGAGGGGGAUUGUGCCUCUGGGCAGGAAUCUGGCCCGUGGAGAGAUCACCCGCAUAGCAGAGAGAUCUUCCGUAGACGCUUCAGGCAGUUCUGCUACCAGGAGACCCCUGGACCCCGCGAAGCUCUUCGAAGGCUCCGCGAGCUGUGCCGCCAGUGGCUGAGCCCAGAAACGCACAGCAAGGAGCAGAUCCUGGAGCUGCUGGUGCUGGAGCAGUUCCUGACCAUCCUGCCCGAGGAGCUCCAGGCCUGGGUGCGGGGGCAGCACCCGGAGAGCGGGGAGCAGGCGGUGACCGUGCUGGAGGAUCUGGAGCGGGAGCUGGACGAGCCGGGAGAACAGCAGGUUCCAGCCUGUGCCCGUGAGCAGGAAGAGUUGGUGAAGGAGGAGGCAGGUCGGGGAGCAGCCCAGGACUCAUCAAGCGGCCAGCCCCCAACCUUGGAAGGGCCGCGUCAGUGCAGGUCGCGGGAGGUGUGCCUGCUUCGGGAGAUCGGGGAUGAGGCUGGGGCUUGGAGUGUGCAGUCAGCCCCGAAGAGGGAGCUCUGUGAAGAAAAGAAACGUCUUGUGGAAGUUCCUGAGAAACUGAACGGUGACACUCUUCUGGGGCCUGAGUGUGCAGACACAUGUGACCAGGAGGGCAGGUGGGAGAGGCAGCGGGCCAGCUCCUCGGCAGAGAGACCCUACGUCUGCGGUGAGUGUGGGAAGAGCUUCACCCAGAACUCCAUCCUGAUCGAGCACCAGAGGACACACACCGGGGAGAAGCCCUACGGGUGUGAUGAGUGCGGACGGGCCUUCAGCCAGCGCUCGGGUCUGUUCCAGCACCAGAGACUCCACACCGGGGAGAAGCGCUACCAGUGUGGCAUCUGUGGCAAAGCGUUCAGCCAGAACGCAGGGCUCUUCCAUCACCUCCGGAUCCACACGGGGGAGAAGCCCUUUCAGUGUAGCCAGUGCAGGAAGAGCUUCAGCCGACGUUCUGUCCUCAUUAAGCAUCAGCGAAUUCACACUGGAGAAAGGCCUUAUGAAUGUGAAGACUGUGGCAAGAACUUUAUUUAUCACUGCAACCUCGUCCAGCAUCGGAAGGUCCACCCUGGGGUGGGUGCCGCUAGCCCCCUGGAGCGGGUCUCUCUGGACUCACACCCAGUUUUCCAUGCCAACGUCUCAGCUCUAUGAUGAAGCCGCUGCUUCUGAAUAUAUACCUGUGUUAGAAUCACCUGGGUUGUUUGAACUGCAGUUUCCUGGGCACUACCACAGACUGGCUGAAUGUUUGUGAGGGCAGGACCUGGGAAUCCGCAUUUCAGCUAGCGUAUCGGUGGUUGUCAGACUUGAGAGUCAGGGAUCUGUAAGUGGUUAGGUUACUCAAAAGGACCGGAGUCACAUGCACAAAGAUUGAGACGGUGGACAGCAAGCCAGCACCUGCCCCUCUUAAUGCCGCUUUGCUCAGGGCCUCUUUACCUUCAAAUCAUUGACUUGACCACAGCGAUUCACUCUGAGUAAAUAUGUUCUUAGUUUGGAGUUGAUCUCUGUUGACAGUGAUGUGUUAUGCCUUAUCACCAGCUUUAUUAAGCCCCUGCUACUGUUGUGGUGAACUGUUUUGCCCAGGAAUGAUUCAGUCCAACCCUUUUGGGCUGCAGAAGAACAGAAAGGAUGUCAAAUAGUUAAAGCAUCUAGCCUGCACAGAAAUGGUGCUUCUGACAGUUCUUCGGACAAAACUCAUGACAGUUCUGUUAGGAGGAUUCCCUUGGGCCUCGGGAGUCCAGCGCCAGGCAGGCUCUCCGCCGCCAGUGGCUGCGGCCCGAGAUGCACAGCAAGGAGCAGAUCCUGGAGCUGCUGGUGCUGGAGCAGCUCAUGACCGUCCUGCCCGCGGAGCUCCAGGCCUGGGUGUGGGGCAGCAUCCAGUGUAUAGGGAGGAGGCUGUUACUGGACUGGGGGCUUGUUGAGGAAGCUGGACCAUCCAGGAGGAAGGUGAGAUAAGGAAGAAACAAUCUAUUACCAGAGGCAGGUAUUCUCUCCAGAGAGAGAGCAGAGACUUGAAGUUUCUCCUCUCAAGUGUAGUGAGAGGAAAUGGCUAAGAUGCAUUGGCCAGAGUUGUGUUCCCCUCCCUGUCCAUUUAUUCCCUGUCCUUGUAGGUCAAAGGAAACUCUGCUUUCUGUCCUCCUCUUCUGUUCCCCAAUUAAUACUGGGUUCUAAGCUCUAGAACCCUAGCAGAUAUCACCCUGGUCAAAUUUCUCUGAUUGUCCCUGGGUCCUUUGUCCUCCUGUGGGGACAGGAAGGGCAAACGAGGGCCCUAAGGGCAAAUGGCUUGCCUGGCAGCAGCAUUAAGACUCACGGGGUGGGGAGGGCAGGGCAGCUCCAGCCAGAAACAGGGCAGCUCAGAUCUGAAUCUACUGAGGAGAAAGAGGAGAUCCUACGGGGGAAAAGAUCAGAAAUGUCUUUUGCGUUUUUCCAAAUGAACCUCAUCACUAAACCUUUUGCCUACCUUUCAUUUGAUGUCUUCUUUCAUUUUUACCUUGUCCCUCUAAGCACAUUGUUUAAACCGUGAUUGUCAUUCUCCCUUCACUACUUUGCACUAACAUUGUUGAAAAUCCUGCUUCUAUUGAAGGGUUGUUUCUCCCUUCUAACUGAAUACUGCCAGCUUCCCUGCGCCUGACCUUUUAUGCCAAAGGCAGGACAACAUAUUUCUACAUUGAAGCCAAUAGAAAAUGACUCAAAGGCUACAUACAAUAGAAAAGUUAUUAAAUGUGCAUUUUCAAAGACUUCGUGUAGAAAACAAAACUUAUUUAGUAUUUUUAUGUGCUCAUUGGACAAGCACACAUAUAUGCCCAAACUGUAAUCAUACUGAACAUACCAACUGACAGUACUUUUAAAUUUAGUAUUACAUUAUGGACAUAUUUCCCAAGAGUUACAUGUAAUGUAUACAUAUGGCUGACAUAAGUUCCAUUGUACAGAUAUCAAAUUGUUUUUCAUUUUUACUUUAAUCAGGUCUUUAUUAAAAAUUAGCUGUCCAGAAUGAUUUGACAUUUAUGGAACAAAUAAACUGAAGCUUAUGCAGCAGG